AACGUCAAGAGGCAAAUCAGACUUGGACUCCUCGUUACUUUAAAUCAGUCAAGGGAGAAGAAAUCUAUGGUGAUUUACGUGAAAAAAUCAUUUCAAAGGCAGAUUCCAAGUUUUUAGACACAAUGGGUGAAGGAGGUUGGAUGUACACAGCUUAAAUUUUUACUACGAGAAACCAAAUAAAAUUUUUCUUUUUCUUUUUCCCUCAUGCCACCAAAGUUAGCUAGACAGCAAACACUCUUGAGUUAUUUUAAAAAAGGACCAGUAAAGGAAAAAGAAAGGCUUGAAGAGCCCCUUACUAAAGAAGAUACAAAAAUGGAAAUAUCCAACGAAGAAGAGGAAGACGAUAUUCUUCCUUUGAGAAAGCAUAACAAAAGAAAAAGACAGAUAACUAUUGACGAAGAAGAAGAAGAAGAAGAACAGACUGUCAAAAAGACGAUCAUACAGAUAGAAGAUAACAGCAGUAGUGAUACAAAUGAUGACGACAACAACGAUGACACAAUCCAGGACGAUGAAUUAAUGUUCCUUGACAAGUCAGAUAUCCUAGAACAAAGAACACGUGGUAGACAAGUAUCACGAUACAACAAGGCUCUUGAAAAGCUUAAAGAUCGUAAAUCAAGGCUUCAAAAGUAUGAUACAAGUGAAAAGGGACCAAUUGAAAAGUACAUACGCCUAUCUGAUGAAGAAGAAGAAAAUGAAGAAGACGAGGAAGAAGAAGAUGAAAAGGACUUUGUUGUAGAUGAUGAUAUUAUUGAUGGAGUGAAAGUAUCAAAGAAUAAACAAGCUGUAGAUAUGCCAGCUGAAUUUAGUAGAGACAGAAUACUUUCAUGGUCAAGACAGUUCAAGAUAUAUGUAGAGUAUUUAGUAGCAUUGGCGAUAACGGACAAACUUGAAACAACAAAUCAGUUUGAAUUAGCUAAAAAAGCAGUAAUUCGAAGAAUACAAAGUUAUAAAGAUUCAAUGGUCACAAGUGAUGUCUGGUUAACAGAAUUUAAGGAAUCCAUGGAUACGCAUUUAAAUUGGAAGUUUAAAGGCUAUCUAAAGGACGAAGAUGUUUCAUGUCAAGCAUGCAGGGCUAAUAAGCCAGCGAGCUAUAUUGUAUCACUUUAUUCAGAUGAUGCUGAACCAGUGAGAUUCUAUUUAGGUAGCGAGUGUUACAGAAAGGGUCAACUGUAUCACAAAUUUACACACUUUGAAUCACACAUUUACCACCAAGUCAAGGAACAAGUCAAAAAGAUUCAAAGUGAGAAUAAGGAGAUGAUAGAUUAUGACGAUGUGUAUGAAGCAUUGGUUGAAAGUGGUUAUGUAAACGAUGUAUGUUGUAGCUUUUACUAUAAUAGUAAUAGUAAUCUUAUCAUAAAUAGCUCUUUCGAAAGGUUAAGGACUUAUUUAUCAAGACAACACGUAUCUAUAAUUUGAAAGGUGAGAGAUUUAAAAUUGAAGAUACCUCUUC